UUGUGUUCUCUUCAUUGGGAAGGGGGGGGGGGAGGAAUGUCUCUGUUUUUAAAAAAAAAUAACGGAGAGACAUAACUGGAGUCCUAGACUCACCUCCCCACCCCCUGCUCGUCUUCUCCAUCACCCCCCUCCCUCCUGGUGUAAAUUUUAAAAAAAAAAUCGACAUAAAUAUAUAUAAAAGAGGGGAAGAACAUCAGGAACAUUUUUCUGUGAACGAAUCGCCGGGGUUGAGCGAGGCUCGUUUCCCCCGCCCCAACUUCUCAACCUUAACAACUACCACCCCCCCCCCACCAAACCAAACCCAACCCAACCACUCUGCAAGCCAAGAUGUCUGCAGAAGUGCGCUUGAAGAAACUAGAGAAAAUGAUCCUGGACGGACCUCGGAAAAACGGUGCGGCGGUGAGCGUGGAGACCUUGCUGGACAUUAUCAUCUGCCUGUACGAUGAGUGCACCAACUCUCCCCUCCGAAGGGAGAAAAACAUCAACGAGUUUCUAGAGUGGGCCAAACCUUUUACUGUUAAGGUGAAGCAGAUGCGGCUCCACAAGGAAGAUUUUGAAAUUCUGAAAGUCAUUGGCAGAGGAGCAUUUGGCGAGGUUGCUGUUGUGAAGUUAAAAAACGUUGAAAAGGUUUUUGCCAUGAAGAUCCUCAACAAAUGGGAGAUGCUAAAGCGAGCAGAGACUGCUUGCUUUAGAGAGGAGCGGGAUGUGUUGGUAAAUGGAGACAGCCAGUGGAUUACCACAUUGCACUAUGCCUUCCAGGAUGAAAACUAUUUGUAUCUUGUGAUGGACUACUAUGUGGGAGGAGACCUCUUAACAUUACUCAGCAAAUUUGAGGACCGGUUACCCGAGGAUAUGGCGAAAUUUUAUCUGGCGGAAAUGGUUUUGGCAAUUGACUCUGUUCAUCAGCUACAUUAUGUCCACAGGGAUAUCAAACCAGACAACAUUCUACUGGAUGUAAAUGGGCACAUCCGGCUGGCAGACUUUGGCUCCUGUCUCAAACUCAUGGAAGAUGGAACAAGAACGAUUUCUCUACUCAGCAAGGAUCAGGUCCAGUCUUCAGUUGCAGUUGGGACACCUGACUACAUUUCUCCUGAAAUCCUGCAGGCCAUGGAAGACGGCAAAGGAAAGUAUGGGCCAGAAUGCGACUGGUGGUCACUUGGUGUCUGCAUGUAUGAAAUGCUUUUUGGAGAAACGCCUUUUUAUGCAGAAUCUUUAGUAGAAACCUACGGAAAAAUUAUGAACCACAAAGAGCGAUUUCAGUUCCCAGUGCAAAUCGCCGAUGUUUCUGAAAAUGCUAAAGAUCUUAUUCGGAGGCUUAUCUGCAGCAGGGAGCACCGGCUGGGUCAACAUGGGAUUGAAGACUUUAAGAAACAUCCAUUCUUUGGUGGCAUUGAUUGGGACAACAUCAGAAAUUGUGAAGCACCUUAUAUCCCUGAAGUUAGCAGUCCCACAGACACGUCAAAUUUUGAUGUGGAUGAUGACUGUUUGAAAAAUUCUGAGACGAUGCCUCCACCUACACAUACGGCUUUCUCUGGGCACCACCUUCCAUUCAUAGGAUUCACAUAUACUACUAACUGUAUUCUGUCUGACAGAAGCAGUCUGAGAGAUGCAGCUGGUUCAUCCUCAAUAGACAUCGAUAUCAACGUUCAGCGGACAUUAGAGGACAGCCUAGCCAUGGAGGCUUAUGAGAGGAGGAUACGACGUCUAGAACAAGAAAAACUUGAACUGAGUCGGAAACUUCAAGAGUCUACACAGACUGUUCAGGCACUUCAGUAUUCAACAGUGGAUGGUCCACUAACUGCGAGCAGAGAACUGGAAAUUAAAAAUUUAAAAGAAGAAGUAGAAAAAUUGAAACAACAAGUAUUAGAUUUCGGUCAGCUGGAGCAGCAGCUUGAAGAAGCAAGUCUCAUCAGAAGGGAUUUUGAAGAUGGCUGUCGGCAAAUUAAGGCACUAGAGAAGCAGGUCAAAUUGUCAAAGCAGGAGAAAGAUGAUCUUCAGAAGGAAAUGUUUGAGUCCAAUGAAAGGUUGAAAUUACAAACCAAAGAACUUAAAGAUGCCCAUAGUCAGCGUAAACUGGCCAUGCAGGAAUUCUCAGAUAUGAAUGAGAAGGUCACAGAACUGCGUUCCCAGAAACAGAGGCUUUCCCGACAGCUCCGGGACAAAGAGGAGGAGAUGGAAGUAAUAAUGCAGAAGACUGAGAGUUUACGCCAAGAUCUACGGAGAAUGGAGCGAGUCAAAAAAGAGUUGGAUGUGCAGAUGGAAAAAUCAGCAGCAGAGGCAUCCAAGGAGCGAAAACUGCGGGAACGGAGUGAGCAGUACUCAAAGCAACUGGAAGAUGAACUUGAGGGCCUCAAGAAAAGGCAGGUUGGACGUUCCCCUGGUGUGAGCAGUACAGAGCAUCAGCAGGAAGUGGCCAAGCUCAAAGCUGAUCUGGAGAAAAAGAUUGUGUUCUACGAGGAGGAGCUGGCCAAAAGGGAAAUCCUGCACAUGACUGAGAUCAAGAACUUGAAGAAGGAACUGCGAGAUGCAGAGGGACAGCAUCUGACCCUGAAGAAAGAAAUAAUGAUUCUGAAAGACAAGUUAGAAAAAACCAGAAGAGAAAGUCAGAAUGAAAGAGAAGAAUUCGAGGGAGAAUUCAAGCAAAAGUAUGAACGGGAGAGGAUCAUGCUGAGUGAAGACAACAAGAAGUUAUCAACUGAACUUGAUAAGCUCACUAUCAUGUUUGAGAAGCUAAGUGCAAGCAACAAACAGAUGGAGGAAGAGUUACGUGACUUAGCAGAGAAGAAGGAAUCUGUGGCACAUUGGGAGGCCCAAAUCACAGAGAUCAUCCAGUGGGUGAGUGAUGAGAAAGAUGCUCGAGGCUACCUUCAGGCACUGGCAACUAAGAUGACUGAGGAGUUGGAAUCGUUGAGAAAUUCCAGUUUAGGAGUACGGGCAACAGAUAUGCCAUGGAAGAUGCGCCGGUCUCAGAAAGUAGACAUGUCAGCUCGACUGGAACUACAAUCAGCACUUGAUGCAGAGAUCCGAGCCAAACAGGCAAUCCAAGAUGAGCUUAAUAAGGUCAAAGCAGCCAGCAUAUGUACUGAAUGCAAAUUGCAAGAUGGUGAGAAGAGAAACCAGGAGCUGCUGACUGAGAUUGAAAAGCUCAAGAAGGACAUGGAGGAAAUGAAAACAGAAAAGGGUGUAAAGCACCAAGACUCACAGAAUUCUUUCUUGGCAUUUUUGAAUACACCUGCCUCUCCUCUGGAUCAAUUUGAACAUUCUCGUGCCUGUGUUCCAGCUAGUAAAGGCAGACGUAUUGAUUCCAUUGAGAAUUUCAACCUCUCCAAUUCUCCAUCUGCUGAUGAGGUGAAAUCACAGAUAUAUUCUCGUUCUCGGUCGCCAUCCACAGCAAGUGAUAUAGAACCUGUGGAGGGAACUGACAACCCCCAACGUACAGUAGUGACGCCGACCAUCAGGUCCUCCUACAGUGGUUCCAGUGUCUCAGCCCCAAAGCCAAAAGCUCAUCAGUUUGUCGUGAAAUCAUUUAACACACCAACAAAAUGCAAUCAGUGCACAUCUCUGAUGGUUGGCCUAGUACGCCAGGGCUGCACUUGUGAAGUAUGUGGGUUCUCAUGCCACGUGACUUGUGCAGACAAAGCACCAGCUGUGUGCCCCAUCCCACCUGACCAAACAAAGGGACCACUGGGGAUCGACCCGCAGAGAGGCAUCGGGACAGCAUAUGAGGGACAUGUUCGGGUACCUAAACCUGCUGGAGUGAAAAAAGGUUGGCAGAGGGCGCUAGCAGUAGUUUGUGAUUUCAAACUGUUUUUAUAUGAAAUUGCAGAAGGAAAAGCUUCACAGCCAAGUGUGGUGGUUAGCCAGGUUAUUGACAUGAGGGAUGAAGAGUUUUCAGUUAGCUCUGUAUUAGCUUCUGAUGUUAUCCACGCCAAUAGAAAGGAUGUCCCCUGUAUCUUCAGGGUUCCGCUUACAGCAGAACCUGGUAGGUGGGUUGGGCCCAUAAAACAGACCCCGAAACUCCAUUCCGCACGUGACCGUAAAACUGCAACACAUGUUAAGGUUACAGCCUCCCAACUAUCAACAUCCAAUAACAAGUGUUCGAUCCUCAUACUGGCCGACAGUGAAAAUGAGAAAAAUAAAUGGGUGGGACUGCUGAACGAGCUGCACCGGAUACUAAAGAAGAACAAACUCAAGGACCGAUCAGUCUUUGUUCCAAAAGAAGCUUAUGACAGUGCCCUGCCACUUAUUAAGACAACGCAGUCAGCUGCAAUUAUAGAUCAUGAAAGGAUAGCACUGGGAAAUGAAGAAGGAUUGUUUGUAGUGCAUGUCACCAAGGAUGAAAUCAUCCGUGUUGGGGAUAAUAAGAAGGUCCAUCAAAUUGAGCUCAUCUCAGGAGAGCAGCUCAUCGCUGUCAUUUCCGGAAGAAACCGGCAUGUCCGCCUCUUCCCCACUUCUGCUCUUGAUGGUCGGGAAGGCGAUUUCUUCAAACUGGUGGAGACGAAAGGCUGCCAGACACUGGUAUCAGGAAUGAUGCGCCAUGGUACAGCCACAUGCCUGUGCGUGGCCAUGAAGCGACAAGUACUGUUCUAUGAACUCAACCAGAGCAAAACUCGUCACAAAAAGUUCAAAGAAAUUCAAGUCCCGGGCAACGUGCAGUGGAUGGCCAUUUUCAGCGAGCGCUUGCUUGUCGGCUAUCAGUCCAGUUUUGCCAAAUACCCGCUGCAGGGAGAUGGGGGUCCAGUCAGCCUACUCCACCCUGACGACCACACGCUCUCCUUCAUCACGCAGCAGCCCAACGAUGCAAUCUGUGCAGUGGAAAUCUCGGGCAAGGAGUACUUAUUAUGUUUCAGUACUGUGGGCAUUUAUGUGGACUGCCAGGGUCGAAGGUCAAGACAACAAGAACUGAUGUGGCCGGCUAUUCCCACAACAUGCUGUUACAAUGCUCCAUAUUUGUCUGUGUAUAGUGAGAAUGCUGUAGAUGUAUUUGAUGUGAACACUAUGGAAUGGAUUCAGACAGUUGCACUAAAAAAGGUUCGCCCACUGAAUACAGAAGGAACGCUUAACCUGCUUGGUCUCGAGACAAUCAGGUUAAUCUAUUUCAAAAAUAAGAUGGCAGAAGGGGAUGAGCUUGUGGUUCCUGAAACAUCAGAUAACAGCCGCAAGCAGAUGGUCAGGACCAGAAGCAAACGGAGAUAUUCCUUUCGGGUGCCUGAAGAGGAGAGACUCCAGCAGAGAAGAGAAAUGCUUCGGGAUCCAGAAAUGAGAUCCAAAUUAAUCUCAAAUCCAACUAAUUUCAACCAUAUUGUACACAUGGGUCCAGGUGAUGGCAUACAGAUCUUAAAAGAUUUGCCGAUGAAUCUACGUCCUCAGGAUGAGAAGAGCCGGACUAUGUUUAGUGCUUCUGUCAGUAUCCCUGCUAUUGCACGAUCUCGCACAGAACCAGGCCGCUCCAUGAGUGCCAGCAGUGGGCUGUCGUCAAGAUCAACGGCACAGAAUGGAAGUGCCCUUCGAAGAGAAUUCUCAGGAGGAAACUAUGUCAACAAACGUCAGCCAAUGACGUCCCCUUCCGAUGGCUCUCUUUCUUCUGGUGGAAUGGAUCCUGGAAGUGAUGUUCCAACGAGGGAGUUUGAACGCGAUGAUUCUGACUCUCCUAGACACUCCACAGCAUCCAACAGUUCCAACCUGAGCAGCCCACCCAGCCCUAUCUCGCCCCACAAGCCACAGUCACUCUUGCUGGAAAACACAGAGCACGUCAACUGGGAAACAUGAGAUUGCUCGGUUCUGGAACAUAAUUCUAACAAAUCAGCCCUUACUUCUCUCUUGCUGCACCCAGUGCUACUCUGCUGUCCAAUUUGUACCGGGCUAUUGCUGCAGAUCCGUCAAAAAGACACAAGAAGUUUAUGGAUUUAGGAGCAAGGCCUAAUCUCGUAAAUCACACACACAUAUACACAUAUCCAUAUAGACAGAUCACGCAGGAGCUUUUGCCUGCUGACCACUUUGUUUUUUCUCUCUCUCUCUCUCUCUCAUGAAAAGAGGAAAAGCAGCUCUCUUUCCUCACACAGCAACAUUAGCUGCUGUUUUAGCGUCCUUGUGGGCUUAGCUUCCUCUGAUUUUUAAGAAAUGGGAUUGUGGAUGUAAGUUGUAUAACUAACGUUUAAGGUGUUGUUUCUCCUUGCAGUUUUGUAGCCAGGUUCUCUCUCAAAGAAUAGACAGGACUGGGGGAAGGUGGGGUGUGGAUGGUGGAAUGCAACCUUGAUUUUCUAUCAUUGCUUCAAUCUGUCCCAACAAAGUGCCAGCAGGCAUUUCUUUCUCUGUAGUAGUAUGAUCAGGCUUCUUUUAAUUAUUAUUUUGUUUUGCAAUAAUAUGUGUACAUCUGCAAACAAAUCACCAAACCUUAUUUUGCUAAAAGAAAAACACACAAAAAAGUUCUUUUGUGAUAUAGAAUAUAUAUAAAGUAUAUAAAUAUAUAUAUAUAAAGUUGUGUAUAGUUUUACUUGUUGAAAUGGCGACUGAAGGAAAGAUUACUUUGUGUGUGGUGUCACAGUCCCUGCUGGUAGAUUCUUUAUAUAUAGUUCUUCAAUGUAGUACCCAAAAUGCAGCUGAAAUUUAACGUUUAAAAAACUGAAGAUGUGGAGGCUGAAAUGAAAAGCAAUAGGCACUGUACUUCAGUAAAUAAAGUACAAAUUGUAGAUGGAUAUUGAUUUAUGUUGCAUGUUGCAAAAUUAAAAACGACUGUGCACUAGUUUAAGGCUCUGCUGAGUUCAGGGGAGAUCUGUUGAUCCAGUUUGAAUAAAGAAUGUCCCUUUUUGUAGUCAUUCGAAGGCAGUAUUUGAUUAAACCCCCAGAUAUUAGAGCAACAUUAUAUAUUUUUUUGUACACUACGCACAGCUGACUAGUUGGGGAAGGUGGAAUUAACAACCAUAUCGGCUCCUUGUGUCUGCUUUGCCACAUCCCUCCCCAGAGAUAUAUGUAUUGUUAGGCUGAAAAGAAACCCUGGAGUCAGACAGCCUGGAACACUGAAUGCUUUGAUGGUCAGUUUGCUGUUUUGUAAGUAAACAUUUCCUUUGUACAUUCCUCGAGCCCAUCAGUUCCCGCUUUUGUCAACUUCUCCCUAUGUUACUUUCUGCGCCAAAAGAGGGGAAGAGACGUAAAAUUUAUUGAGGAAGCUUGAGUAUGUUAAAGAAUGUUUAAUGCACAGCCAAGAGCGUAGACAGGUUUGACAGACAGUAAACAUUUAGAUGCUGGUCAGAGUUGCUGGGCAGCAGGCGCGGGAGCAACAUUUAUGAUAUUGAGGGAAGGGGAAAAAAACUAAGGGGAAAGAAAACUCCCUGCAUGAGAUGACUGGGUAUAAACAAGGGAAUCUGACUGCUGACUCACUCCCACACUGUUACUGAAGCUCAGAGUCAAUUGUGUAAAAUAAAAGGUGCUUUUGUUUUUAAAUGAAUGGUGUGAAAUUUGAGAUGAAUUUAACAUAUGAUUUUAAAAUUGCAAAAAAAAAGUUCUUCCCUAAUAUGUUUAAACUGUGUGGAACUUUUGUUUCUAUGGCAGAAAGGUGUUUAAAUCAAACUAAGGUGGGAAAGGUGGUGGUCUUCCUGCUCAAGUUACCACAUGUAGAUACAACGAAGGCAACAUGACAGUUGUCAAACUCUGACUGAAUUGUAGACACCGUUUUGCAGAGAAUUGUGAUCAAGGGGAGGAAAGGAGGCAUUUACUAGUUGUUGGUGUUCCAUGGGGGCUGACCUGCCUUUCACUAUAGCAAUUUCAUAUCAUUUAUUUUCCAGAGUUUUUAAGGUUUCUCCCGCACCACCCUUUUGUAAGAUUAUUGUACAGUUUUGCAUGUCUUAGAUGUAAUCAGUUUUUUUUUAAAUCUUUUGGAUUAGGUUAAAGGCUGACUUCACUAAAUUAAUUGCUUGGCUUUAUCACUCCUUUUUGCCCUUAAUGUUUUUAGGGUUAAUUUGUAAGAGGAACUAUUGCUGAUUGUAGAUUCUUUUGCACAAGAAUAUUUAAGGUGGGCAGUCUGACUAUUAAAGACCUGCCACCAUUAUUUUAUGUUGGUGACACACACUAAAUAUUAACCAAGACUUUGAUGUAUUUCAAUAAAACAGGGAACUGUUCCAAAUGUGGCUGUUUUUGGAUUGUUAUUACUUUCAGGGUAAGCUGUGAAAAAAAAAAGCAGAGUCCGAGUCAAGCAUCUCAGUGCCCUUGUUCCUUUGGGUUGGACUGAGAGAGCAGAAAUUUUGGUUUUAAUAAAGUAACUGAAAAUUCAGAUCAGUUUGA